GUCAGACUUCCGCAGUUCAGCGCUGGACAAUACCUUUUACUUCGCUAACCAGGCGUGUCAAAGUCCCUCCAUACAGCUAGCUUUCGUACUGCGGGCUGGUAUUGGACUGUUCAAUAGCCGAUCAACCUUGUUUCACCCGACGGAACCACUCACUCACUCACUCACUGCGGAGAGUGGCCAGUCUCAGGAUGCGCGUCCGCUAAGAGGUACGCCUUACUCACCUACCGCCGUAUACACCCAUACCGCCCACGACCUCCGUCGCAUUCUAGAUUCGAGCGUUGAUUCAAGAAGGGGGGUAAACUGUUCUGGCUGGCUGGAAUACGACGAUCUUCAUAUUCCUGCUGUCAAAUCGAACCCCGCUCCUCGCCCCCCCCCGCCCCCCCCCCCGGGCAAACCACCGCACCCUUCUCGCUCCCAAUUUUAUAUUCCGACACACGCGUAGCAGAAUAACCUCCCAAACGAACAGAGGGGGAAAAAAAAGAAAAGGAAAACGAAUAUAUCUAUAUAUGAUGUCCGUGUGGAACCCAGAAAACAUCCGCGACGUCGCGGAAUCCGUCGGCAUCGGCGCGCUCAACGACGAAGUUGUCGAGAACCUCGCGCGCGAUGUCGAAUACCGCAUCUCGCAGGUGCUCGAGGAGGCGCUGAAGUUCAUGCGGCAUGCGAAACGCACGCUGCUGACGACGCAGGAUGUCUCGCAUGCCCUGCGCGUGCUGGAUGUGGAGCCGCUGUAUGGAUAUGAGUCGACGAGGCCGUUGCGGUUUGGCGAGGCGACGCUGGGCCCCGGGCAGCCGCUUUUUUACGUGGAGGAUGACGAGGUGGAUUUUGAGAAGUUGAUUAAUGCGCCCUUGCCCAGGGUGCCGAGGGAGAUUACGUUUACGGCGCAUUGGUUGGCCGUCGAGGGCGUGCAACCUACAAUACCACAGAACCCCACAGGGGCCGACUCGCGGAAUAUCGAGUUAGUUUCCAAGGGUCCCAAUGCGAAUGCCAAUUUGGCUGCGAUGAGCGGAAACGACAACGUCUCCGUCAAGCCGCUAGUCAAGCACAUCCUCUCCAAAGAACUACAACUCUACUUCGAGAAAGUGUGCACUGCAUUUCUAGACGAGUUGAACGAGGAGUACCGCCUCUCUGCGUUUUCGAGUCUGAAAGAGGAUCCGGGCCUGCAUCAGCUCGUGCCGUAUUUCGUCCAGUUCAUCUCCGAGAAAGUCACGCAUAGCCUUAAGGAUCUAUUCGUCCUGACCCAAGUUAUGCAUAUGACCGAGGCGCUGAUUCAGAAUACAACGCUCUACGUAGAUCCAUACGUCCCCUCCCUCAUCCCCCCAGUCCUAACCUGCCUCAUCGGCCGCCAACUAGGCUCCACAACUCUCUCCACCGGCGCCGGACCCACCCCCACCCCCACCCCCACCGACCCCCUCGAACACUUCGUCCUCCGCGACCUCGCCGCCUCGCUCAUAAGCAUGAUAGCGCGCAAAUACUCGCACUCCUCACACACGCUGCGCCCGCGGCUGGCGCGCACCUUUUUGAAAAACUUCCUGGAUCCCGGCAAGCCGCUGGGCACGCAUUACGGCGCCAUCAUCGGCCUGCAGUCCAUCGGCGGGGUGGACGUGGUGCGCGAACUCAUCGUGCCGAAUUUGAGGACGUAUGAGGUUGUGCUGAAGGAUGCGAUUUCUUCCACGAUGGCGACGACGGCAACGACGGCAACGACGACAGGGACGGGAGCGGGAGCGGGAGCGGGGCCGGGGGGAUUAGAAGAAGGGGUGCGGAAGUUGGAGGCUGAGAAGGUUAUUGGUGUUAUAUUGGCGGUGUUGGGGACGUUGGCGGACGACGAGAAGCCGCGGGGGAUGGCGGCGAUGCUGACGAAUGGGGUUUUGGAGGAGGUGCGCGAGGGGAAGGGGGAGGAAGUGCGCGGGAGGCUUGCUGAAAAGGUUGGGGAGAUUAUCGCGGGGAGGAUACUGGACGGUGGGCAGGUGGGAUUGGCGAAUGCGAUUGUGGGGAGAUGAUAUUUGAUGAUGAUGCGAUUUGUGUUUUUACUCUUUUUUUUUUU